UGUGCGGAUCUCAUCAUCCUCUAUACUAACGAAUCUGCAGAUUCAGCACCCCAAGGUCAGAUGUCGUCAAAUACAUUUUCAUAUGACAUCGAAACCACGAACAGUAUCAUCUCCCAAGUCCAGUUUGGCAACGACUUUCUACAGAUUCCAGCUCAGGAAUGGAAGACUCGAGACUACACACGCGACCUGCGUAGAUUAACCUCUUUAAUAUUACAUUGCAGCACCCUCACGGAGUACCACAAAAAUAAUCGUAUACCGAGAGGUUUACGCUCGCAUCUACGUCCGACAUUAUUCAAGGACGACGCCGACUUUUGUGACCGCUUUGAGAACAUUAUUAACAAGUGCUCAUUCGAUCUCAUGUUACUAACCAUUGACAAGGCCCGACAUACUAUAGAGGACCUUCAGAAACAAAUCACAGCAACGGAAGAACAAUUAUCAAGUAUACUACCCACGGAAGAGUGGACAACAUUAAAAGAAAAAACAUCUAAACAAACUUCCGAAUACCAGAAAUAUACAGAAGGUACCAAAAGGGCGAAAUUUAUCAGGGACGCCGAGGAUUACAGGCUAAACAGGGUAUACAGAUGGCGCGACCUCAAUCCACAAGCAGGCUGGGACAACAGAAAUCACGACUUCUCCUCAGGACAAAGUUCAUCCGGUUCAGAAAGCGGAAGGAUCAACACUCAACGCCGCAGGCAUUUUUUAGGACGAGGACAGAACCGUUACAGACAAGGAAGAGGCGACCGCGGAGAAGUCAGAGGAGGAGAUCCCGACAAUCGAAUCCUGACUCGAUCACAGAUUCGAUAGAAUUGGAAUAUAGAUCUAGACCAUAUGGAUCCCUUGACAAAGGCCAGACAUAUGGCCGAAACGUUGGGACAUGCUAUGCAAGUUUGAUUUGCUUCUACCCGGAUGUAUCAAUUAUAUAUGUGAAUAUAUGAAUAUAUGAAAUGAAAUGAUGUAAAACAUCA